UCCAGCAUGGGGGCUCCAGAAAUAAGAAUGUCUAAGCCCCUGGAGGCCGAGAAGCAAGGUCUGGACUCCCCGUCAGAGCACACAGACACUGAAAGAAAUGGACCCGACACUAACCACCAGAACCCCCAGAAUAAGACCUCCCCGUUCUCCGUGUCCCCAACUGGCCCCGGCACCACCAAGAUCAAGGCUGAAGACCCCAGUGGUGACUCAGCCCCAGCAGCACCCCCGCCCCCCCAGCCGGCUCAGCCACAUCUGCCCCAGGCCCAGCUCAUGCUGACGGGCAGCCAGCUCGCCGGGCUCACGGCGCUGAUGCCAGCUCAGCAGCAGCUCCUCCUGCAGCAAGCGCAGGCCCAGCUCCUGGCCGCCGCCGUGCAACAGUCCAAUGCUGCCGCUGCCGCCGCUGCCGCCUCCUCCACCUCCUCUUCCUCCUCCUCCUCCUCCUCCUCUGCCUCCUCCUCGACCUCGCAGCCCCCAGCCUCCUCUGGGGGAGGCGACCUGCCACCACCACAGCCUGCCAGCCAGCCCCCUGGGACCCCACAGCUCACCCUGUCCCAGCCCAUCCAGCUCACAGCACAGGACAUACAGCAGCUUCUCCAGCUCCAGCAGCUGGUGCUUGUGCCGGGUCAUCACCUCCAGCCCCCUGCUCAGUUCCUGCUGCCGCAGGCCCAGCAGAGUCAGCCAGGCCUGCUACCGACGCCAAAUCUAUUCCAGCUACCUCAGCAAACCCAGGGAGCUCUACUGACCUCCCAGCCCCGGGCCGGGCUGCCCGCGCAGGCCGUGACCCGCCCCACGCUGCCCGACCCGCACCUCUCGCACCCGCAGCCCCCCAAAUGCUUGGAGCCACCCUCCCACCCCGAGGAGCCCAGUGACCUGGAGGAGCUGGAGCAGUUCGCCCGCACCUUCAAGCAACGCCGCAUCAAGCUGGGCUUCACGCAGGGUGACGUGGGCCUGGCCAUGGGCAAGCUCUACGGCAACGACUUCAGCCAGACGACUAUCUCCCGCUUCGAGGCCCUCAACCUGAGCUUCAAGAACAUGUGCAAACUCAAGCCGCUCCUGGAGAAGUGGCUCAACGACGCAGAGACUAUGUCUGUGGACUCCAGCCUGCCCAGCCCCAACCAGCUGAGCAGCCCCAGCCUGGGUUUCGAUGGGCUCCCAGGCCGGAGACGCAAGAAGAGGACCAGCAUCGAGACAAAUGUCCGCUUCGCCUUAGAGAAGAGUUUUCUAGCGAACCAGAAGCCUACCUCAGAGGAGAUCCUGCUGAUCGCGGAGCAGCUGCACAUGGAGAAGGAAGUGAUCCGCGUCUGGUUCUGCAACCGGCGCCAGAAGGAGAAACGCAUCAACCCCUGCAGCGCGGCCCCCAUGCUGCCCAGCCCCGGGAAGCCGGCCAGCUACAGCCCCCAUCUGGUCACACCCCAAGGGAGUGCUGGGACCUUGCCGAUGUCCCAAGCUUCCAGCAGUCUGAGCACAACAGUUACUACCUUAUCCUCAGCUGUGGGGACGCUCCACCCCAGCCGGACAGCCGGAGGGGGUGGGGGCGGGGGCGGGGCCGCGCCCCCCCUCAAUUCCAUUCCUUCUGUCACUCCCCCACCCCCGGCCACCACCAACAGCACAAAUCCCAGCCCUCAAGGCAGCCACUCGGCUAUCGGCUUGUCGGGCCUGAACCCCAGCGCGGGCCCUGGCCUCUGGUGGAACCCUGCCCCUUACCAGCCUUGACGGCAGCGGGAACCUGGUGCUGGGGGCAGCUGGUGCGGCCCCGGGGAGCCCUGGCCUGGUGACCU